GCUCGAGCCUGACCAGUCGUCGACGUACUCAUUGAGAGCAGCCCCGGAAAGCAUACCUACUCGGAACUUUGCUGCCAGGUAGCCUCCACCGCGGAAGCGUCCACGAGCCCACGAAACCCAUUAUCUGGAGGAUCUCGACAUGGGAGCUCUAGCCUACGUUAAACCUCCGCCGUAAUUAAUCUGCAUCCGAAAUAACUGCUAUCGAACAUGGACUACAACAGCUCUACAUCGUCUGCUCUUUGGGCGGGCCAAUCGCCGUCUCUCGACAAGUCGAGCCAAAUCCUUAUCCGCGAAUACCCUCACCGUGCGAUCGCAAUCGCCUCGGAAUCCCACGCUCUCAUCCUUCGACAUAGUCAGAGCACCAGCGAAGCCAUUGCCAAUGGCUCCCUCGCUUCCGUUACCUCCGCUCGUCCACGAUCCGGCAGUUUCGACAACAUCCCUUCCAAGUGUAUGGUGGAAUUCACACCGCGGACAGACAAGCUAUUACUCGACUACCGUCCUUUGACAUCACGGCCAAUCUAUGGAACACUGGGAAUGAUCUCGAUUGGGCCGGACGUGUUCAUCUGUGUCAUCACCCAAGCCUCAAGGGUCGCUACUCUUCGUCCAGGAGAGACAGUGGAAAAGAUAGAGAGUGUGCAGUUCUUCUGUCUGAACUCAGCAGCUUACGAUGAUGUUUUCAUGCUUGAUGUUCACGACGAAAUGGAGGCUGCGUCAGUAUACGGCCCAUCACUGGGCCGGAGGGACCCAAUGGAGCAUCCAUGUGUCGAGUUGCAGAAGCUUCUCAGUAACGGGACAUUCUACUACAGUACAGACUUCGACAUUACCAACCGCAUGCAGGACAGACCAGCUGAUGCCGUAACGUUCGAUAUCGACAAUUUCGACGAGUCGUUUCUCUGGAACUCAUACAUAAUCCGCCCGCUUGUGGAAUUCCGCUCCAAGCUGCAGGAACAGGAACGAGAUGCGUUGGAUGCCUCGCGGAUCCUAACCUCCGCGAUUCGAGGCUUUUGUAGGACAUGGGCCAUCCCUCAGACCUCGGCCCCUUUGAGGGCUGCCAAGACAGGCCUCCCUUCAUACUUGACCAUCAUCUCGCGUCUGUCCUGUAGAAGGGCAGGCACCAGAUUCAAUUCACGGGGCAUUGAUGACGAUGGAAAUGUUGCGAAUUUUGUGGAAACUGAGACGACGUACUGGAGCCCUUCAGGCGUUGUGUUCUCAUAUGCUCAAGUACGCGGCUCGGUUCCUGUCUUUUGGGAACAGCAAGCCGGGCUGCUGCCAAACCAGCAGAAGAUUACCAUCACACGAUCACCGGACGGAACGCAGCCGGCAUUCAACAAACACUUUUCUGAUCUGGAGCAGGCAUAUGGUGCUGUCCAUGUAAUAAACCUACUCAGCGUGUCGAAGCCAGGAGAGUACGAGCUGACGUCGCUGUACCGUACCGGUAUUCGGAACUGCCCCCUUAGCCGGCCAGAGGAGGGACAAUCACGCGAUCAUGCUCUCCUUAGAGCUACCGAGUACGACUUCCAUGCUGAGACGAAGGGACCCCAAGGUUAUGAAGCAGCAAAUGAGAUCAGGCGUUACCUGGAGGGCUCUGCCGACGGCUUCGCAUAUUACCUGGCCCACGAAGCGGAUGACGACGAAGAGAGGGCGGGCCCUGAUGAACGUACAACUUCGCCUAGCCAACGCCGCUAUGUGGUCGUGCUACAACAAGAGGGUGUUUUCAGAACAAACUGUCUGGAUUGUCUCGACAGAACGAACCUCAUUCAGACGAUAGUAUCACAAAUGGCGGUAGAGACUUUCUUGGGCCAUCAAGGCGAGGGUGCUGCGUCAGACUUUUGGUCACGACAUGCCAAUCUUUGGGCUGAUAACGGCGAUGCUCUGUCCCGUAUAUAUGCCGGCACCGGUGCUUUGAAGAGUUCCUUCACUCGGUCAGGCAAAAUGUCUCUCGCCGGAGCUAUCGCCGACGUCCGCAAGUCGGCUACCCGACUAUAUGUGAAUAACUUCACGGACAAACAGCGGCAGAUGACCAUUGAUACCCUUCUUGGCAGGAUGAUUGGUCAGGGGCCAGUUCAUCUAUACGACCCGAUCAGCGAUUACGUGUCUAUGGAACUACAACGGCGAAGCAACGAGUUCUCUACAAACGAAAAGAUUCGGAUUUUAAUCGGAACUUUCAACCUGAACGGCAAGACCGACGGUAUCGACGAAGACUUGUCGUCUUGGCUUUGUCCCUCCGAACUAGGCGAAGCUCAACCCGAAAUAGUUGCGGUCGGCUUCCAAGAAAUCGUCGAACUUAACCCACAGCAGAUUAUGAACAGUGAUCCAACCAGAAAGCAAUUGUGGGAACGUGCGAUAAAGGCUACUCUGGAUCGACACUACAACAGGCCUGAUGAUGAGAAAUACGUGUUGUUGAGAAGUGGCCAGCUCGUGGGUGCCGCAUUGUGCAUCUUCGUUAAGGCCUCUGCUCUCCAUAACAUAAAAAAUGUUGAAGGCAGUGUCAAAAAGACAGGGCUUUCGGGAAUGGCUGGAAAUAAAGGAGCUGUUGCGAUCAGGCUCGAUUACGCAAACACGCCUAUAUGCUUCGUGACAGCGCAUCUUGCUGCCGGUUUUACCAACUACGAGGAGCGCAAUAGAGAUUAUGCCACGAUUAAUCACGGUCUCCGAUUCCAAAGAAAUAGGGGGAUUGACGACCAUGAAUCUGUUAUAUGGUUUGGGGACUUCAACUACCGCAUUGGACUGAACCUCGAGACCGCCAAGGACCUGGUCAGGAAAGGAGCCCUUGAGGAACUAUAUGCGAACGACCAGUUGAACCUACAAAUGGUGGCCGGCCUUGCGUUCCAUUACUAUUCUGAGGCACGUAUCACGUUUAACCCUACGUAUAAAUAUGAUAUUGGUACCGACACCUUUGAUACAUCGGAGAAAGCACGUAUACCGGCGUGGACGGACCGCAUUCUGAGAAAAGGACACAACCUCCGCCAGUUGUGUUACAACUCGGCACCAUUGCGAUUCUCAGACCACCGGCCAGUAUAUGCCGUCUUCGAAUGCACCGUCAACAUUGUGAACGAGAGAAUUCGCAACAAGAUCAGUCGUGAGAUAUACGAACGCAGGAAAGCGGAUAUUGGCGGCGACACGGCCAACCUAGCUGGAGAUGAGUCCGACGACGAGGAUUUAAUCGGAUACGAUGCCAUCGAGCCUGGCCUUCCCCCAGCCAGCUCCGAUCGACAGAAAUGGUGGCUGGACAAUGGCAAGAUGCCUCGAUCAUCCAUCCAACCACCAAAACCCGAAAGUCCUGCCUUCCAAACCAUUCUCAAUCCCAAAAGGCCAGCUAACCCUUACAUGCCCACUGACGAACCUGACUGGGUUAACAUCCCAAGGUCUGAGUCAAGACUUUCCUCCUUCUCGAGCCUCUCGUCAUCGCCGUUUGAACAUGUCAAUCAUUCGAUGCUGCUCUCUACUUCGGCGUCAAAUUCGGCACCCAGAAGACCCCUCCCUCCUCCAUUUGAUCCGUCGAACCUUCCCGCGAAGGUUGGACGGUUGCAACUCACCGAAGAUGGGAAGAACAGCAAGUCCGAUACUCCUCCACCGCCCCCUCCUCCACGAAGGCAGACCGGUAUGGGUGCUCUAGGGUCUACAUCGGGACCUGCCAUGACCACUUCACCAGUGACUAGGAAGCUUGUGAACACGGCAGCGACAGCAGCAGCAGGGCCAACGCCAGUAACAGCCACACCGCCACUCCCGGUUCGCUCGAUGUCUGUAUCGUCUCAACACACCAUUAAGCAGAAAGCUGCGCCACCGGUAGCAAAGAAACCUGCCCACUUAGCAGCACCAUCAUCACCGGGGUCCAGCACUUCGGUACCUGCGCCUAUGGAGGACACAGUGACACCCAGUAACUGGAAGCCUCUCCAGCCAGAGCGUUCUCCGAACCCGUCUCUUUCAGGACUGCGAGGAUAUUUAGCCAAGGCCAACGGAAGCUCAUCGAGCUUCACAUCUCUCUCUUCACUCAAUGAUAGAACUGGAGAUAGCAGCGUGCCUCUACAGCCGCCUCGGCGCGUCAAUACAAGCACGGGAUUUGCGCCUCAGGCACGGUACACGCCACCUGGAGGUGUAGGUCUUGUUGGGUUGGCCGAUCUUCAGCAAAAGACACAGAUUCCAGGACGGAAGCCUGUGCCUGUAUCUGCGCUUGCGCCAGGGCCAGCGCUUAUUCAGAAGGCGACGAAGCCUGAGGCUCCGCAGCCGCCUCCGCCUAGGAGAUCACAGACUGUGAAUCUUCUCGAUGAUGAUGAUAGUAGUGGCAUGCAGAUGGGAGUAUGGCAGGCACUGAAGCCUUCAUGAAGGAAGGACUGCACGUGAACCGAGGUGGUAGGUUUUUGGUUCAGGAUGAUGUUAGGGGUUCCGGUCAGCUUUUGGCUAUAGACAAAGAUGCAUGAGGCGCGCAUACAUUAUAUACACCAAACACUUUUAAUACUGGGUUCUGUCUCUUCGAAUGAGGCGGGAAAAUUCGGACAUGAAACGAAUGCUGAAAUGGUAUCAUGACAGCCUCCUGAAUGCGCCUAGAG